GAACGUCUGCAGGGAGACUGAAUGGCUAACGAUUCUAAAGAACUGAUCUCUCUUUGACUUUAUUUAUUUAUUUCUAAUUUUCGACCCCCCUUAGAACUUUGAGGACGAUGAUCGCGGCUCUGGGCUGUCGCGGCGACGCUUGGCAGCUUAUGGUGCAGGUUUGCUGAAGUGAAGUGCUCGAUGACAACUCGAGAUAUGAGCUCCUCUGUUUUCGUUCUGCGGGGCAAUCGUGGAUCUUUCGGCGAUUCGAAUUACGUCGGGUGUUUUUGAAAAACAAUCCGAUUCUAAAACACGUGAUCAUGAGUUUGAAAUAUCAUUUCUUCUCGCGGGCCCUGAAUCUCUCAAUUUUCUUGAUUUAGUGAUUAAUUGGUACGGUGUAAACUAAUUAUUUUUUUCUUCAGAUACACGUUCUUGAAUCGUUUGAGAAAGAAUUUUUCUUCGUCAAGAAGCGCGGUGGAAGACCUCGGACUUCUUAAAUACUGGAUCGGUUUACUGGCACCGCCCCUGCCGAGCUGUGAUUCGUACUCAGCGAUAAAAGGCCAGAUUAUAACACCUUGGAUACAAAGGAGCGCAUGUUGGUCUACCCAAAGAUUGCAUUGCUGCAGGUUAAUUAGCUUCUGGGCUGUGAUUUUUACCUGUAAUUAUUCAGAAAUCUGUCAGAAAUGGAAAGCUUUGUCCAGAAAUCUGGUCAACGAUAGCCCAAUGGUCUGCUCCGAUGUCAUGACAUUGUCAAAGUAUUUCUGAUCAUCUGCAUUAUAAUUUUAGACUUCUGUCCCUACGUUACUCAUGUAACCAUAAGAAUAUGUAACACUAAUCCUUGCCAAUCGCUGCAUGAGGAGAGAAGCUACUCGUCGAUCAAAAAGUGGGGAGCUCGGUAUUGCUACUGAGGAAAUUUGUGCCAACGAUGGAGUGAAAAAUAAAACUCCAGGUUCUCGAAUGAUUUACGAUUCAUAGAAUUAUGAACGCCUUCUACGCACCAGGGUAUGUGUAGUACGGACGAUGAUAAUAAUAAUAAUAAUACUCAUCGCGCCAGUGCGUGACUAAAAUAUGUUUAGUUGACGUUCGAAAUAUCGGGCCCUAUCGAUGUCGGGGACCCUGGGCUAAAUAAACCGGUGAAAUAUGCGUCCAUUUUAUAAACAUCCGAGUGUUUGAAUAACGACGUGAUGCUCGAGGGACCCAAGUGGGUCUUUCAGAUCCUCUGGAUCCGUAAAUUUAUUCGUUAAUUUCGCUGGAAGUAACGACGAUUAUGAACAGGCAAAUUUUCAAAUUCGUUUCGUUAUUCUUUUAUCGGCGUUUGACAUCCGAGCCGAUUUCCGGCCUCGUAGGGUGGUCGCGAUGUCACCGUAUGUACUCGGGUAACGGACACCGAGACUUCGAUAUUCGAACCUGAUAAGAAUCAUGUAUACAAACCCGUAUAGAAUGCGGAUUAUGACGUCCGUCGUCGUGUAAUCCGUCGAGGAAUUUUCAAAUUUUAUAAUUUUAGCGGUAUACGUACUUUUGACCAAGAAAGCGCAGUGGAAAGUGCGCAUGUCAGAACGAAUGGGAAUUUUCUUCUUUAUCCGCCACUCUCGCUACGACCUUGAAACGUCAGAGUCAGCGCCUAAAAAUUGACCAAUGUUGUCUGAACCAUGGCUGGCCGUGCAAUUUGUUUCCAAACAAAGGAAAUUUACAUUUGCCAAUUCUGCCUUGGUGAAUAGUGAAAACAAAAUAUACGUGCAAACGACGUGCAUAUGCAUAUAUCAACGAUGAAUAGUUGCAAGUCGCCACCAUUAACAUUCGCAACGAAAAAAUUUCGAUGAAAUUAACAAGUAAUUAAAUUACCCCGUCAAAAAAGGCCUUCGAUCAAAAACUGACCGAAGGACGCCAAUCACCCAUCCGCACCGCUUUUCACAAAAAUUAAAACUCGCCAUGACUGAUAAUAACCAAAUACGUAACGACGUAGAAAGUUAUCAGAGCUCGGUGAAGAUAGGAGAAGAAUGGACUAUCAUUCAUGGUGCCAGUCCUGAAAAGGAAAGUAGUGACGACAGCAUCGAGUACAUCGAGCGUAUCACCGAUGCACGAGAAGCGACAGAGGACUUGGACGAGCUCACGAUGUCUGAUGAUAAUAACAAGGAUAAACUUGAUGCGGAGACUAGCGGUGUUGCAAUCGAGGAGCAGUGCGAGGAUUCUGACGGAAUAUCCGUAAUAACAGAAAGCGAACCGGAACAUUAUUUGACAGAGAAAAAAUUUGUUCAAUUUGACAGAUGCAAAGAUCACUUGUGCAGUACCUUACAGAAGUACGAAAAGCCAGCACCGCAGGUCGGGGCGGUUCUGAAUGUCAUAAUCGCUUGUUCAUUGGCGGCAAUAAUCGGGUUAGGUGCAGGACGCAUUUUCCAGAUGGACGAUAAUUGCCCUGUUUCAAACUCUAUCGAUUUUGCGACUGUCAAAAUGGAAAGUGACAAGCUGAUCAAUCUAAUGAAAGAGCUAAACGAAGUUAAGGAUGUCCUGGACGAGCUGAGAGCUACUAUUCCUCAGGUGAAACGAUCAGCGAAAAUGUCAGCGCAGCGCAGAUCGAAAUCCUCGCCUAAAGGUCCCGAUCGUGUUGAAAAACGUUCCCAAAUGUCCGAUAGAUACAUUUUUCAUCCGGACACUGGGAUAUUAGAGCAACUGGAAACUUCGUUGAAUACUUUGUGCGCAGUGAUUGACGAGAUGAGUCCGUAUCAGAGAGACUUCGCUAGUACAGACGCGUCGGAGACGCAGAAUAUCGUCGCUGAUUUGAUAGAAUUUCAAAAAGUGAUGAACGACGUCAUAACGGAAUUGGGAGACGCGGAGAGACCGAAUCAACUGGCAUUCCUAAGGAACGCUGAAAUGCGAAUAAUAGAGGUCUCCAGGUCUGUGCUGAACGAUCUGACCUACACCGUCCGUAAUUUGACUAACAAAAUCCACCGCAAGUUGAACAAAGUGCGGCAUAAAUUGAACAAGAGGCUGUGUCUUAUGAAGAACUCGGAGUUGAUCGACGCCGGGAUUUUCGAAUCGUUGAGGGAGAACAAUUCGUUCCUCGAAAGUUGCGAGAAAAUAUUGAACCUCUCGAUGAAACCGAGAGCCGGAUCCGACGCCGCGAACGCGGGGGAAACGCUCCGUCGAAAAACUUACACGCGGACGAAACGUGCCCUCGGAGCUAACUCUGCGGAAAAAUCGGCGUCCGAUGACGACGGUUAUUCGAGAUAUUCCUCCAGUGACAGUUCCAUGCCAAAUUUCUCUUACAAACGAAACGAAAAGCUGAAAAAUGACGUUAAACGGAGAAGAACGAAAGAGUCUUCGGAUUCGAGCAGGGCUCCGAGCCUGGAGAGUUUGAUGAUGGGAGUAGUCGUACCUGAAAAUAUUUGCUCGGUGGACGAAGAAGUUCAGAUUCCGCAACCGACUCUGAGACCAAAGCCUUUGUAUUCUACGAUAUUGAAGGCAGCCCCUGGCCCCGAUAAACUAAACGACAGCCGUGAUUCGGACUUCCAUAACCAGGGUAAGGAAAAUUCCAUGAGGGUUGAGCCCAUCGGAGCGAAAGCCCAAGGGAAUACUGCUGUCAAAAAAUGUGCUCGGUCAGAGGAGCGAUCUUUCGAGACUCGGGGGGACCCAGAGCGAUCGGAGAGUAUAUUUGAAACAUCUCCACCGUCGAUCGAUGUAAUUUAUUGUAAAAAGGGUAAAAAAUGUUACGACGACACCGGUGCAACGUCCGGAUCUAGAAAAAAGCAUAAGAAGAAAGAUGCCAAAAAGAAAACGAACAACGAUGGCGAUGACGGUAAUAAAAAAUCUCGCAGGGGUAAACGCGAACGAAAGAGCGCGCCUCUCGUUGGCGAGAAUUCUGAAAAAUUAAAAAGGGAUUACAAAAAAAAGGAUGAAAAUCUCAAACUUGACGAACAGCUGCCGGGCGAUUGGCAGACGCAAAGAUCUCGAUCUCGAGAGGUAAAUCGAGAUCGUAACGAUCGUAUGGGUUGGUUUUUCGACCGUGCCGAUUCCCGUCAGAAAGCCAGGAAGAACGGGGACGCCGUGAAGAUCCCCGAUUAUCAUCGCAGCAAAGUGUAUAGCCAGGUAUUCGGAGAGCGAUCGGACGACGAAGAAUUAUUGGACGAAUGGCUGGAAUCGAAAGAAAUGAACAGCAGGAAACACGGAGGCGAUCGCGGUGCCUUCAGGGCGAAAAAGUUUCUCAAGAUGCCUCAUCGCAAGAAUAUCUUACAAUCUAAGUAUCGUUAAAUCUGACCCGAAGGACAGCCAACCAAAAAUGAAAUGAUCUAGAGCCAAGCGUGAUCAUAGGUGUGUCGUUACCAAGUUCAUCGAAUGUAGAAACCAAAGAAAGAGAACAUAACGAACUCAGAUACUCCUAGCAGAUGCGAAACACAUUCGCAGAUUUAUAGAAACGUUUAUUUUAUCCUAAACAUAAUCACCCGAAUAAAAGAAUGAUAAUGAA